CUACAAAAGUUAUCUUGUCAGCACUGAUUUUGUCAUUUGGUAACAUUGUGAUGUUUUGAGUGCGAGGAGGUUAUUCGACAAAAAUGAGCAUUCUUAAUUUAUUACCAGCAUUUUCACGAUUAUCCGUACAUACCAUAUCCAACGUGCGAAAUAUUUCAGCAUGUACUAGUCCGUUAUACUUUAGAGUGAGCGAUGCUCUUUUAGGAGAACCGUUAAAGAAAAAGAAGAGAAUAGAUCCCAUGAUUAUCAAGGCACGAGAAGAAAGAAGGAAAAAAAGGUUGGAGAAACAAAUAAAGAGAUUAGAAAAAUAUGUUAAACAGCUGAAGCCGAUCGACGAGGUAGAAGUACCACUUAAGUUAAUGGACGAAAAAGAGCAAAGGUUGCGAAAACCUCCAUCAUUGUCAGAAGAAGAAAUGGAAUCUAGAAUUAUAUUGCAAAAGGAAUGGACUAGAUACAAAUAUCGGCAAUAUCUAGAAGAUGCGCAGGCAAUAGAUUCUAUACUUUAUUCACAACAGAAAGCGCUUGAUGAACUCAGAGCGGAAUCGGAAGAAUUGUAUCAAGAAGCAAUACAAAUGGACCUGGCGCUUUUACCACAUACAACCAAAGGCCCAGUAAAGACACCAGUAAUAAAGAAUUACGACAGUCCUGAUGGAGAAUAUAUAAACACGACUCGCAAGUUUGAGGGGGAGGAAUGAAAGUUCGAUGCUGCAAAUUUUGCUCUAUGUCAGAAAAGUUGUACAAAUGAAGCAUGUAUUUCCGAAUCAUCUAAUGAAAUUCAUACAUGUUUGACAAUGUUAUGCGAAUUUAGAAGUAUAUAGAAAGCAACAGCAAAUAAAUAAGCAAAUGUUUUAAUAUAAAGUGGAAAAAAUAUAUGCUUUCCUUUGCAAGAGGA